AUGGCCAACGUCGAUUAUCUGGAGCUACUCAAGUUGGCGUUCGAGCGGCCCGACGAGUCGGUGGCUAAAUUGUUGCUCGGCAGCGAGACCAUCAACCGAGCCACCUACACCUACCCUCCGAUUUCUUUGAAUUCCGACAAGGACGCGGCAUUGAGACUCAAGCUCGAGUCGCUGGAUCUGCAUAAAUUAGUGCAGGACGCGAGGGAAGAAAUUUACUACGCCCAAGACGUCGGCCGUCACGAGGUGUUCUCGACUUUCUCGGCAGCCCACAGGCGAGUAGUCACGAAACUCGUCGAGAGAUUCCUCGAUUACAAAACCGUCAAAGAGCUCGUGGCCGGCGUCUUGGCGAUCCGCGACCGAGCGAACAGCUCGCUGCUGAACUAUGCGCUGGCGGUGGUCUGCGCCCAUCGCCUCGACUGCGCGAGCUUGCGGCCCCCGAGACUCGUCGAGCUCUUCCCGCACAAGUACUUGCCGAGUUCGAAACUCGCCCAAGCCGUCGAGCUGGCCAACAACACGGAAAAACCCGUCUAUCUCGAGGUCGAUUUGAAUGCGACCGCGAGCUCGAGCGACGAGGAGAAUCGCGUGGCUUAUUGGCGCGAGGACGUCGACAUCAACACUCACUACUGGCAUCUGAGCCUCCUGUAUCCCGACGUCGAGAGAGCGGCAUUGUUCGGUAAGAAGGACAGACAGGGCGAGCACUUCUGGUACAUACAUCAUCAGAUAAUCGCUAGAUACAACGCCGAACGUCUGUCGAACGGCUUGGCUCGCGUCAAGCCCAUCAAGGACUUCCGCCAGCCGAUCGCCGAGGGCUACUUCUCCAAGCUCGACGCUACGGCCUACGGUCGCUCGUAUCCCGGUCGGCCGGCCAACCUGUCGCUGGCGCGAAUCGAUCGUCCGAGGGAGCAACUCAACCUCGACGUCAGUGAUCUCGAGCUGUAUCGGGCUCGCAUCCUCGAGGUGGUGCACCGUCACGAGGCGUACAACGAGCUCCACGAAGAGCUGCUCGGAAAAUUCGACCCAGGGAACGGCGUCAAUUUCCUGGGCAACAUUCUGUUCUACGCCAAGGACAACGCGUACUACGGCAACCUGCGUGGCUCGCUGCUGCACGCCCUGGCCGCGAUUCACGAUCCGGAGUCGCGUCACGGCGAGGAGCUCGGCCCCCUGGCCGAUCGGGCCACCGCGAUGCGCGACCCGGCCUUCUACCGGGUUCACGCGCUCACGGACGAGCUCGUGCUGGCCUACAAGGACUCGCUGCCGGCCUACACGGACGAGGAGCUGCGCUUCGACGACGUCGUCUGCGUGGGCAGCCGCAAGGGCAGCCUGCUCAAGGGCACGGAGCGCCACCGCGAGCGCCAGAUCGAAACUCGAUGGAGUGCGAGCGAGCUGGAUCUGUCGCGGGGCGUCAGUCACGCGCCCAAGGGGGCCAGGAUCGUGGCCAGCGUGCGGCAUCUCGAGCACGAGGACUACGAGCUGGAGCUGCAGGUGCUGAGCGUGAGGUCGAUGGCCACCAUGGCGACGAUGCGGCUGUUCGCGGCGCCGAGCUACGACGAGCGCGGACGCCGGCUGACCUACGACGAGCAGAGGAAGCUGAUGAUCGAGCUCGACAAGUGGGUCGUAAAACUCGAUCCCGGAACGAACGAAAUCAGGCGAAGCUCGAGGCUCUCCUCGUUGACGAUUCCUGCUGAAAAUGGGGCUGCCGCUGACGCAGAUGAUACACCCGACGUUUGCCAGAAUACCAUGGAGCCGUGCAUUUACGAUAGCCACGACUACUGCGGAUCGGGAUGGCCGCGUCACGCGCUGCUGCCCAAGGGCAACGAGGCCGGCUUCGUCAUGGACUUCUUCGUCAUGAUCACCGAUUACCACCUCGACGAGGUGCUGGACGAGAAUCGCUGCGACUACUGUUCGCGCGCGGGCAUGAGAUUCUGCGCUCGGCCGAAGGCCCUGUAUCCCGACGCACGACCCAUGGGCUUCCCGUUCGAUCGCAGGGCCGACGAGGCCCACGGCAUCGAGUACCUCGACGCCUUCGUGUCCAGAUACCCGAACAUGUGGUCCGAGCGGAUCACGAUCAAGUUCGCCAAUUCCCAGGACGUUUGA